UUUUUAUUUUUCUAUGUUCAAUCAUAUGUGUAAAAGAAAAAAAAAUCCCAAUUAUAUUAAAAUUGUAUACCAAACAACAUCGAUUAAUAUUAUUUUUAUAUAAAAAUCCCAAUUAUAAAGUAGCUAAAACAUAUGUGAGUCAGAUAUAUAGAGAGACAAGCCAGUUAAGAGUGUUCAGUACACACACAUACAAAAAGAUUCAAAGAAUCAUUUCAAAGAUUUAGAGUAACCAAAAAGAGUGAAAAAGAAUGAACAGAAUGAGCAAUACAGUAAUAGGAUUCUUGAAUAUUCUAACACUAGUCUCAUCCAUAGUUAUGAUAGGAUCGGCUCUAUGGAUGGGUAAGAGCAAGACAACAUGCGAGCAUUUCCUUCAGAAGCCACUUCUGGUCUUAGGCCUAGCGAUCAUGGUCUUAUCACUAGCUGGUCUGAUCGGUGCAUGCUGCGACGUGGCUUGGGUCUUGUGGGUGUACCUCUUUUUCAUGGUCUUCACCAUAGUUGCCCUCAUGGGUUUGACCCUUUUCGGGUUUAUUGUAACUAGCCAUGGAGGUGGUGUGGGUGUGACUGGUAGGGUUUAUAAAGAGUUUAAGCUUGAAGAAUAUCAUCCAUGGCUUAAGACAAGGGUUAUGGAUGCUAAUUAUUGGUUGACUAUAAAGACUUGUCUCUUGAGCUCACUCACUUGUUCCAAGCUCUCUCUUUGGACUCCUAUUGAUUAUCUCCAAAAGGACUUGACUCCUCUUCAGUCUGGAUGCUGCAAACCACCGACGUCGUGUGUAUACAACACGGAGACGCCAAUACAACAAGAAUCCGACUGUUACCGGUGGAACAACGCUGCAACGGUGCUAUGCUACGACUGUGACUCGUGUAGAGCUGGCGUUUUAGAGACAGUGCGGCGCGAUUGGCAUAAACUCUCUAUAGGUAACGUCGUCAUUGUUCUCUUCCUCAUCGCCAUUUACUGCGUUGGGUGUUGCGCGUUUAAAAACGCCAAACGCCCUCAAUAUUAUGGUUUUCCUUACGGACGUUACGGCAUGUCCAAGUCUCGACCCGGUUGGGAACAGUCCUGGUCGAGGUGGUGGCAUGGUAGAGAUCGGUAUUACUAAAAAUAUAUUUAUGUAAUGUGCAUAUCGAGUUGUGACUGAACUCAUGGCCUCUAAUUUAUAAAUACAUGUUGUACAGUGUCUUUUUGUUAGUGAAAUGGCGAUCUUUUUAGAGUCAAUUGCACAGAAAAUAGUAGAUAACAAGAAAAUUUGCAAGGAUGGAAAAAUGUAAAAGUUGAAGAGAGAGAAAGAUGUAAAAUGACACUGUUACCCUAUGGAAAAAAGAAAAAGAAUAAUUCAUAGUCUAUAAAUUAGUUUAUCCGGCUAAUAAACAUAUGUUUUGAUAUUUAUUUUCCUUGAUUUUAUUUUGGGUUAACUAUAAUUCAUAUAGUUGAUAUGUAAAUAAACACAGUUAAAAUAUGAAUUAUUUCAUAUGCUUCGUAAAUUAGCAUGGUUAUAUUCCAAUUUAUCCGGACAUUAUAUAUAUUACAUGGUUAUUAUGGUAGUUGUUGGCUAACUUAAAUAAUUAUCCGUACAAUAUUAUUGUUAGUUGGAUUUUUCGAACUGUAGCCGAUUAUCAUUAUAGAGUCAAACUCUAAUAAGUUACGUAGUGUAUAUCAAUUAUCCGGAUAGCAUUAUUAUUAGCUGGAUUUUCCGACCAAUGGUCGGCUAAAAAAGGAGUUUAGGAGGAUUACGAUUAAAGGAGGAAUGCAAAGUGACAUAAAACAUAUGCAAUCAUCGUUGACAGUAUCCACCAUGCAAUCACUCAUCAUCGUGUGAUUCUAAUUACAUAAGAAGACGAAGAAGAAAAUAUAAAACUUUUACACAAAAGGCAAGAUCAGAGUCCAAAAAACAAAAUUAAAAAAUUCAUAAAAAUCAAAACUUUGUCAAAAAACAAAAAUUUUAGAAAAGCCCUCAAAUCUCAUCGCUAUUAAAUCUGAUCAUUCACGGCUGGAUUCUGUUGUUGUAGUGAGAGAAAGCAGUGUGGCCAUGGUUUCUGAUGGAGGAGAAUUGAGAGUAUGUGAAGCUGACAGAGCUAUUGGCGACGUGACGUUUGUGAUGGAGAUCUCGGGAUCUCUUAGUCGGAAAACGGUGUAGUAAACGUAAUCACGACCGUGAUCAGGGACAAUGAAAGGUUACGGAGAAAACAAAGAGUUUUUAUAGAGAAAACAAAUAGAUUGAGAGAAGAUAAGAGAUGGUUCCGCAGAGAAAACAAAGAAAUUGAGAGGAGAGAUGUGAGAGAUCAUUUUGGCGGAGAAAACAAAGAAAUUUAGAAGAGAGAUGUGAGAGUUGAUUCUGACGGAGAAAACAAAGAAGUUGAGAGAGAUGAGAGAUAAUAAGGGCAGAAUUGACAAUAAGAAAAACCACAUCAGCGAGAAAGUUCAAAUUCCAUCCGUGCAAAAUAAGGGAUUAUGUUUGUAUAUGCACUGCAAAUACUCU